ACAGAUCUCGAGACGAAAACCUCGCAGACAGCUCACACAUUCACGUCGAAUUCACCCGACUUUGCAAGAUCUUACUUUUGCCUGCUGGAUUGCACUGGAAUAAGUAGGGUGAUUCACUCCACGAGUUUUUUGAACCUCUAUUCAAUUCCUCUUUUCCCGAACAAACGCCUCGAACCAACCUCCACACAACAACGCAAUGUCACGGAUACAGAUCCCCCUCGACGUGCUGACGUCGCGGCUGAACCUCUCAGAUAGGUUCGCUGGCGUGCGGUCACAGUCGCUGUCCAACAGAUUUGCGAACCUUAAGCCCAUCUCCGAAUUUCUCGAUCUCAAGAGGCUGUCCAAGCCGGCCAAUUUCGGAGAAGUUCAGUCGAGAGUCAACUACAACCUUGGACACUUCUCUAGCAACUACUUCGUUGUCUUCUUGAUGUUGAGUAUCUACAGCUUGCUUACCAAUCUGGUCCUACUCUUCGACAUCAUCCUCGUCGUCGGUGGCAUGUGGGGAAUCGGCAGACUGGAAGGAAGGGAUCUGGAUGUCGGCUUCAUCAAAGCAACUUCAUCCCAGCUUUACACCGCCCUUCUCAUCGUUGCCGUCCCUCUCGGCCUGUGGGCAUCACCAAUUACAACAAUCCUCUGGCUCAUCGGCGCAAGCGGAGUCAGCAUUCUAGGACACGCCUCAUUCAUGGAUAAACCGAUCGAUGAGGCUUUUUCCGGGGAGGCAGUCUAGGUGGUCGGCUGCGAUCUCCCAAAUCUGUGCCCCAAUGGGGAAGACCACCAGGGGCGAAGGGGAGCAGGAGGCGCAGGCAAUGGGAGGAGGAGCAGGCAUUGUGGGAGGCGCAGGCUCGUGUGGAGGAACUUGAUAGCGACGAUGAUACAGAUACACAA